ACGAUGGCAAUUGAUAACGUGAAGGCUCAGGCUUGCUUUAGCUCUGAAAUUGAGUUUGCUUCUUUUGAGCCACGAUGAAGAUUGCUCUGAUGUGCAGCUUGGUGCUUAGCGCCAUGAUGGUUGUGAAAGCCGGAGAUUUUUGCGCCCUGAACGCUGAGAAGAGGAUUACUACCCUUCAAUGCUUGGGUGAAAAGUUGCCCCCCGAGCUGAAGGGCAAAUUGCUCGCCUUAAACACCGAAGGAUCGCCGCUUCCGGACUUCGUCAACCAACACUGUGAUAAGGGCACCGACUAUGUGGAAGUAUUCAAAAAGGAGCUGAGUACGGAAGAACUUGCAGCUUUGAAGACUGCUUACGGAGAGUGCGCCUCUGCCUAGAUGAAGUGCUCACGACGGCUGACAGUGUUUGAUUCCCCGUCCACUCCAGUUUGAUAUUUUUUUUAUUAUGAUUGGAUUUAGAAUUUGUUAAUAAACGUCUGAAGUGGACACACAAAA